CACUUACUCAAACGCAUCCUCAACCUGAGUCAAAGUUGUGUCUGAAAAGUGUAGCAAGCAAAAGGAUAUUCGUCGUGACAUGGGUUUGAAACGAGUUGACUAAACACAGUUGGGUUUGCAAUCAACAGUCAACAUGAUCAGCAAGGAAGAACUGACUCACUGCUACGAUUUUGUUUUAAACCUCACCAUUGAAUCAGGAAAGGUGAUUCGCGAUGCUAUACAGGGAUGCAAGAAUAUUGAAACUAAAGCUGGAGACUGGGACUUGGUAACCCAGUACGACAAAAAGGUUGAAGAGAUUUUGCUGAAUAAUCUGUCAAAACAAUUUCCAAAACACAAAUUCAUCGGAGAAGAAACAGUCUCCGCAACACAACAUCUGCCAGAAUUAACAGAUGAUCCUACAUGGAUCAUCGAUCCCAUUGAUGGCACCACAAAUUUUGUACACUCAUUUCCAUUCACCUGCAUUUCGAUCGCACUAGUAGCGAAAAAGGAGUUAGAAAUUGGCAUUGUAUACAAUCCAAUAUUAGAACAAUUGUUCACUGCCAGGAAAGGACGUGGUGCUUAUUUGAACGGAAAGCCGAUCAAAAGUUCCAAUGUAGAAAAGCUGGAACACUCGUUGCUGUGUAUAGAAGCCUCGUAUGCAACGAUUGACAACAUCAGAGACAUUAUUUUAGGAAGAACAGAAGCCUUCGUGUCGGUGGCUCAUGGAAUACGAACAAUGGGAUCAGCAGCACUAACUCUCUCUUACAUAGCAAUGGGUGCAGCGGACGCUUAUCACACCGAUAAUCUGAUGCCUUGGGACGUGGCUGCUGGUGUGCUAAUUAUCAGAGAAGCAGGUGGUGUGGUAAUCGAUACAAGUGGAGGAGAAUUCAACAUUAUGUCGCCCAAAGUACUAGCAGCAGGUAAUAACAAAUUGGCUAGUGAAUUAGUAAAAUUAAUUAAGAAAGCUGAUUCGAAGACGAUGCAGAAGCGAAGAUCAAAAGAAGAUCAUCGGAAUUGAGUCAUCAAAAUGAACAAACAUAGAACAAAAACUAAACCAUUUUUUUCUUAUAUAAUUUUCUCGUAUUAAUAUAAAUUAUCUAGAUUUUCUUGCCAAGUACGAAACUUAUAUAAAAUAAAUCACGUAAUAACAAAAUCUUUUUGAUUUCGAAUGCUCUGUGCAUUUGACCUGAAAUGAUUUCGCAAUGCUGAUUCACAUACAGCAAACAUUGUUAGACAAUUAUAAACAAUUAAAUAAGAUUCCACGACAAAUCAGAUUACAGUGCUAAACAUACAUGAGCCUGUGUAUUAUUAGAACUAAUUGUGUUAAUUGCUUACUUCGAAACUGAAUAAUAGUUGGAGCUUAGCAUUGUAAAAGUUAUAGUAUUCAUUUUAGAAAAAACUUUCAAGCUGAUUUAAAUAAAAAGAUCAUAAAUUCGAUGCUUGUAAAAUAAUACAUGUAUA